GUUUUUGUUGUCAACCAGUAGACCAGUAGUUGCAAAUGUGAACCAAAACUUUUAAUUUUUGUUAAAAAAAAAUCGCUGUUUUUUUUGCAGUAAAACAGGUGAGAUGGAAUAAUUUCUGUGUUUCUGACUAAAGAAACAUCCAUCCAGAUGAUGUCAUCAGCCGUCGACAUCGACCCCACCUUCAAGCAUGCCCUCAAGCUGCUCCACUCGUCCAAUUCCGAUUCGGCGGAGAAGAUUCGGAACCUGCUGGACGAGCUGAUCAAGCAACGGUACGGUGGUAAUAAAACGCUUAACAGUACCCUCAGUAAGAAGCAUCUGGCCGAGGAGAGCACCGCCACCGGAAGUAACCUGUAUGUUCGCAAGCAGAAGCUGGCUCCGGUGGUGGUACGUGCCGCUACGCCGGUUAUCAUGUCCUCGGCGCCGGACUCCAAGCAGCAAUCUCCGGCGAAAAGCGAAUCGGCUGCUGAGGUCCCGGAAUCGUUGACCGUCCCGCCACCGCCUUCGGGAUCGAUCAUUCUGUCGAUUUCGGACGUCGAAGGAAAUGACGAAGAUGACGAUGUCGUGAUGGAGGAGGAUCAGCUCAAAGAGCUGGAGGAUUUGAUGUGCAUCGUUUGCAAGCGAAUGGAACAUACGGCUCGAAAUCGGUUGGUUGAAUGCGCCGAUUGCCAUUCGCUAUACCAUCAGGAGUGCCACAAACCGGUCAUUUCCGAAUCGGACGCCAACGAUCAGGAAAACGCAUGGUUCUGCACGUUGUGUAAGGGGAAAACAAUUAGCAGCAGUAAGUCGUCUGCUUCAUCGUCGCCGGCUGUCGGAUCCUCGUCGAAGGUUUCAUCGUCAUCGUCGUCCUCGCACUCCAAGUCAUCCAGCAGCAAGAACUACGAAUCUUCCUCUUCGUCCUCAUCGAAGCAUAAAAGCUCAAAGUCCAGUAAAGAGGGUUCGUCGCAUUCGGAUCGCGACAGGGAUAGAGAUCGCGAUCGGGAGCGAGACCGGGAUCGAUCGGAUCGUGAUCGGGAAAAGGACAAGGAAAAAUCUUCCAAGAGCAGUAGCAGCAGCAGUGGAGGUGGGUCCGGAUCUGCCGGAGGGUCGUCCUCCAAUGCGGGAGCAGGAACGCCGAACAUCAAUAUUAUCAGUGCGGAUAAGCGGCUGCAGAUGAUGAAGAAGAAGGCAGCCAAAUUACACGACAGUAAGAGGAAGCACAAAUGAUAGGAAUUGGGUAGCCACAGUAAGUAUGCGUUUGAAUGUCUUUGAACCCCUUUUCAUAAGUUUGAAAGUGGAAUUUACUCAGUAUUGAAGUAAAGAUUAAUUGUCUAUUGCAAUGAGA